AUGACAACACCAAGGUCUCCCUCCGAGGCCACGACCUCCGUUCGGUCCACCUCCCGCCUGCCCACCAGCGUUCCGAGUUCCCCGCCACCACCCGAGUCGCCAAACUCCACCAUGAAGCUCGAGGAUGGGAUCGACGAUGCGCUCUUGAAGGAAGAAGAAGCUGCGCGAGAAGAGAACGAGAAAAUUGAAGAAAAGCGACGCCAGGCUCUGCUCAAGAAACGUAGGAAGAAGAAGGCCGAGACCAAGGCUGAGCGAGAGAUUAAGGCGAGAGAGCUCGAUGACUUGUUGGCCAAGAGCGCCGCCUUUAGCGAUAUUCUCACCAAAAAGACACAAGUGCUUGGACGUGUCGGCAGCAGUCUUGACGGCAAGACUCUGGGUGAACACAACUUGGAGAUGGCUGAGCAGCCAAAGUGUAUGGUCGGGGGAACUAUGCGCGACUACCAACUUGAAGGUCUCACAUGGAUGUAUGAGAUUUGUUCGCAAGGCAUGAGCGGAAUUCUCGCCGAUGAGAUGGGCCUCGGCAAGACUGUGCAGACGAUCUCUUUGAUCGCGUUGCUGAGGGAGCAAGAGAACUAUCUCGGCCCUCACUUGAUUGUCGCGCCUUUGAGCACACUAUCCAACUGGAUGGAUGAAUUUCACAAGUGGACGCCCUCGAUCCCCGUGGUCAUGUACCACGGCAACAAGGAUCAAAGAGAGGAGAUCUUCAAGACGAAGAUGAUGCGACACCUUAAGAGUGGUCGCCCAACAGAGAAGUUCCCAGUUGUCUGCACGUCUUACGAGAUGGUUCUCAGAGACCAACACAACCUCUCUAGGAUCAACUGGGAAUUCAUCAUCAUCGAUGAAGGUCACCGAAUGAAGAACGCAGACGCCAAGCUAUUUCAGCAGCUCCGUCAGUUCUCUUCAGCUACCCGUCUCCUCAUCACGGGCACCCCGCUCCAGAACAACCUGAAGGAGCUGUGGUCGUUGCUUCACUUUCUUCUUCCCACUAUCUUCACCGACUGGGAAGCGUUUGAGUCAUGGUUUGACUUUUCUGAUCUGGAAGAUGAACGUGGCACUGAAGAGUUCAUUGCCGACCAGAAGAAGCAAGACCUCGUCAAGAAGAUUCACCUGAUUCUUCAGCCGAUGCUCUUGCGACGUAUCAAGCAGGAUGUUGCGGCCUACCUCCCCAAGAAACGGGAGUAUGUCCUCUUUGCGCCCAUGACCAAGGAGCAAACCGAUCUCUACAACGUCUUGACUAACAAAAAGAUUGACACGAGAAAGUACCUUGAGGACAAGGUCAUGGAGAAGAUCGCCAGCACUCCCUCGUCGACAAAGCCCAGCCGAGGAACAUCACGAUCUAGAAGCAGACCAGCACCCAAGACUACGUCACUCCCCAUUCGCGAGAGUCCCGUUAAGAAGCGGGUAGAGGACAAACCAGCGCCGCCAGUCGUUAACAACGCCUUUGCGAUGAUGAUGCCGAAACGUGGCAGAGGUCGCCCACGUAAGAACCCAAUACCUGAUACAGCAUCGCCCGCCACCUCUUCCGCUAGCAAGAGAAAAUCCCCUCCAACAUCAAUCAAGUCGGAGGCAAAGAGCGCCAAAUCAAGCCGUCAGUCGACGCCAGUCAGCUUGCGUGGACGACCUCGAAAGACGCGAACGUACAAGGACGCCGGCUCUGACGAGGAGGCGAUGUCAGACGACGAGUUUGAGGCUAAGCUUGCUAAAGAGAUGGUUCCUGAAGAUGUUGACAACAGCUCUGAGACGUCCUUGACACCCGAAGAGAUGGAACGCGCUCAGACACUUGAGCUUGCCAAAAAACAAAUUGCUCAAAAGAAGCUGGGCAACCCCUUGGCUCAACUCCGUCUCGUGUGUAACUCACCACACAACUUCUACAACCCGUGGAACGCAUCGAAGGAUCUUCCUGUCGAUGACUCGAUAGUCACAGCUUCGGGCAAGAUGCUCCUCUUGGACCGCCUUCUGCCCCGGUUGUUCCAGGAUGACCACAAGGUUCUCAUCUUUUCGCAGUUCACGACUCAGCUCGACAUCCUUGAGGAUUACUGUCGGGAGCUGCGUGGCUGGAACGUUUGUCGGAUUGACGGCUCAGUUUCGCAAGAAAGUCGCCGGACCCAGAUUGCGGACUUCAAUACCGAUCCAGAGUACAAGGUCUUUCUUUUGUCUACUCGCGCUGGCGGACAGGGCAUCAACCUCGCAUCUGCGGAUACCGUCAUCUUGUUUGAUUCCGAUUUCAACCCGCAGCAAGAUCUUCAAGCCCAGGAUCGAUGCCAUCGCAUCGGCCAGACUCGCCCCGUCAUUGUCUUCCGCCUGGCAACCAAAGAUACAGUUGAAGAAUCGCUCCUUCUUUCUGCGGACGCGAAGCGACGUCUUGAGAAGCUGGUUAUCAAGAAGGGUGGCUUCAAGACAAUGGGCCAGAAGAUGGACCUCCGUGAGGACCUCGAUCCUGAAUCCCUUAGGGCGCUACUGCUCAAAGACGGUGAAGUCUACAAGGUCUCUGGCGGAGAGGAGGUGUUAAGCGAGUCAGACUUGGACGUGCUCUGUGAUCGAAGUGAAGAGGCCUAUGCCAAGGCGGCAAGCGGUGAAGGCGAUGCAGACGGUUACCGUGUGGUCGAGACUGGCGCAGACUCGAUCAAGAUGGCACGAAAGAACUGA